GACAUUUGUGUUUUGUAGUAAAAAUGGCUGCGCUUCGAGUGUUUAGUCGUAAUAUACCGUAUUUACGACAACAAUUUUCAGCGUUAUUAGGAAACACAUCGCCAUCAGUGAAAUUUAUUUGUGUUGUUGUAGUCAUUGGUUAUGUAUUAUCGUUUUCUGAAGAUGUUGUCAAUGUACUAAGUGUUACUCCAGGCUACUUAUUACCACCAUCUUUCCAAUUGUGGUCUACUUUCACGUUUUGGUUUCUCGAAAUACACUUGUGGGAGGUGAUUAUAGACGUUAUAACAGUUGGUCUAUGUGGCAAAUUGAUAGAACCACUAUGGGGUCAAAUAGAGAUGAUGAAGUUCUUCAUGCUGACGAAUAUUGGAGUGGCGUUCUUGACAACGUUUUAUUAUUUGAUUAUAUUUUCGUGGACCCAGGACUCGUCGUAUCUCUUCGAUAUACAUGUGCACGGUCUCGCGGGAUAUCUGGCUGCAGUGUGUGUUGCGGUAAAGCAAAUACUGCCAGACCAUUUGUUGAUAAAAACGCCACUUGGUAAACUUACGAACAGAUCUUUGCCAUUACUGAUUCUGAUAUUAGCAAUAAUAUUCUGGGCCGUGGGAGAGUUGGAGGGAACUUAUCCAUGCAUGUGGGGCAGUGGUACAUUGCUGUCAUGGAUAUACUUAAGAUUCUGGCAACGUCACAGCAAUGGCACCAGGGGUGACAUGGCCGAUAACUUUAGUUUUGAUAAUUUCUUCCCAACAGUCCUACAGCCAGUAGUGCGUGGUGUGAUUGGUCCGGUGCACAGAUGCUGUGUCCGUAUCGGUGUGUGCUCCCCAAGUCCAAGGCGCGUGCAUCUCGCGCUCAGCCCGCGCGGCGUCACUAUAUCGAUGCCGGGAGUCGAACCUCAGGAUAUGGAGAGGCGACGGCAAAUAGCACUCAAGGCUCUUAGCGAGAGAUUAUCCAAAACAUCAGAACAAACUAGGCAAAAGAACUUAUCAACUAAGGUAAAUAUGGAUGUGGUGAGGAAGAUGCAAAGUUCACAUGUCAUUCCGCAAUUUCCGAGUGAACCUGAAGCCAGCCAGGCCCCAGCAGAGGCCACUCUUGUGGAUAUUAACGAGCCACCACCAACUACGAAAACUUCAUGAUUAAUGUCAAUUAACUAGAAUAUUGAAUAGAUUGGUUUAAAAUGUGUUCUUCAGUUAUCUUGAAAUGUCAUUAUGACCUCUGUAAAACAAUUAACAAAUUUUAAUGGUGGGCUAUAAUUGUUAUAUGAAUUCACUUUAGUAUUUCUAAUGGUGAAGUUGUGUCUUAUUAAAUAGAUUCUAUUUCUUUUAUUAUAAAAUAUUAUUUACAAUGAUUUUAUAGGAGGUCCUAAUAGCAAUUUCCAUUGUUAAUCUCUGCACAUAAUAUACAAUGAAUGACGCAAAAUAAUUGCUGUGAUCAUAGUCAUUGAAUAGUUACUUCCUCAGAUUCCUUAUAUUUAUUUAAUAAGUUUACAUUUAUCACAGUUUCAGUGUAGGAAUGUGUGUUGUGAAAUAAUACAGGAAUUUGACUGAUAGGUUAAGUGUGGCCCUAUUCGUAUUGUGGGGUGAGAGGAUAGAUGUUUUGGAACAGUGUCGAUAAUGCAUUUAAUUCAAGCAUGUAUAUAAGAGAAUGAAGUGAUUUGAACACAUAGAAAAAGUCCUAAUAUCCUGAUUAAAUUGAAGUUGAAUGGGACAAUAAUAGUGUAACAUAUGUUGAUAUCUGAUCUUAAUGUGUUUAUUACAUUGCAUGUAAUAAUCGAUUGUUCAGUUUAUUACUUUUACAAUUGCGAAUGUCUGUAGGAGAUAAUGUAUUUUAACCACAUAAUAUUCAAGUGGUGUGUUGGGAAGAGGAUAAUAUCUUUACCAACAUUGAAAAGGAUUUUGUAAGGACUGAAUAGGUAUGAAGCAGGUUUUGAAUUUUCGUUAUACUGAGAUUAUCAUUCGAUAAAUCACAAUUUAGUUGAUCAAAACAGUUGAAUGUUUGAUAAAUAAUAAGAUAAUUAGAUUCAAAAUUCGUUAUAAAAACGAAAGUCCUACAUUGCAACUGUGUUACAUUUUGUAAAUACUUUUCUAAACUGAAAUUAUUUAUAUUUCUGAUACAGUUAUUUGUGGUAUUAAUAUUUUUGCAUUUGUUGUAAUGUCUGUUAAUGGUAUUAGUGAGUGGAUGUAUGUUUGUAAAUAUUAUAA